AAAGAGAUCACCAAGAGGAACUAUAUCACACAAACUUUUCGCACGUGUUGAUCAUUAAAAAUGACUACGUAUACAGAUAAAGGCCCUAAGCCUUUGGGAGGAAAAUUCUUGUGCUUCGAUCACAUAACAUUUUGGGUUGGAAAUGCGAAACAGGCUGCUACAUACUAUUGCACUAGAAUGGGCUUCGAACCUUUAUGUUAUCGUGGUUUGGAAACUGGCUCAAGGCAUGUAGCAUCCCAUGUUGUUAAGCAAAAUAAGAUUGCCUUUGUAUUCGAAUCAGCUUACAGACCUGACAAUGACGAUAUGGGAAAUCAUGUAUUAAGACACGGAGAUGGUGUUCAUGACAUUGCCUUCAAUGUUGAGGACAUUGAUAUUAUUGUAAAGAUUGCCAAGAAAAAAGGAGCAAAGAUAGUAAAGGAUAUAUGGGAAGAAAAGGAUGAAUACGGUGUUGUAAGAUUUGCCACUCUAAAAACUUAUGGGGAUACGCAUCAUACGCUCAUAGACAGAUCAAAAUAUAAAGGAUUCUUCUUGCCAGGGUAUCAAAAACUACCAGAAGAUAGAUUUACGAAAGACUUACCAAAAGUUGGAUUAAAUUUUGUGGAUCACAUUGUCGGUAAUCAACCUGACAAACAAAUGGAGUCUAUCGCGAAAUGGUACGAGGAAUGUCUACAGUUCCAUCGAUUCUGGUCAGUAGACGAUACUCAAUUGCAUACAGAGUAUUCUGCUCUGCGUUCUAUUGUUAUGACUAAUUGGGAAGAAACUGUGAAAAUGCCUAUUAAUGAACCGGCUCCUGGCAAGAAACGUUCUCAAAUACAGGAAUACGUCGAGUACUAUGGAGGAGCAGGUGUACAACAUAUUGCUCUUAACACAGGCGACAUAAUUAAAGCCAUACAAAAUUUGCAUGCUAGAGGUGUAGAGUUCCUGGAUGUACCGGACACUUAUUAUGAUAUGUUAAGAGAUCGUUUGAAGGCUAGUGGAGUGAAAAUUUUAGAAGACCUUAAUAUCCUUCAGAAAUUGAAAAUAUUAAUUGAUUACGACGAGGAUGGGUACCUUCUGCAAAUAUUUACGAAAAAUAUGCAAGACAGACCAACCCUUUUCAUAGAAAUUAUUCAAAGGCGUAAUCAUAAUGGAUUUGGAGCUGGAAACUUCCAAGCGUUAUUCGAAGCUAUAGAAAUGGAACAAGCUAAACGUGGAAAUUUGUGA